UGGUGCAACUUCAGCAAAUGUUGGAGAUACUUGUUAAGGUGAGUAGCAUCCGUAGAGGUGGAAACCGAGCGCGUGUUAAGUCACGGUGAAAACCGAGCUGGUGGAAGAACUCAGCAGGUCAGGCAGCAUCUGUGGAGGGGAACGAACAGUCGUCAUUUCGGGUCAUGACUCUUCACCUGGACUCUAUGGCAAGUUUGAGAGAGCCUGGCCAUGGGACAGAGAGAGAAAGCGCCAACACAUAGCGGAGAGGGGAGAGCACAGAACUGCGGGAAAACCAUUGGGAGCAACGAAUGGACUGCAAGUACUAAGAUCCAGCUGGGACAACUGGCACGUCAAGAGAUGUUGCUGGAAGCAGGAUAUUGCAGGAUCUGUUUUACCCCAGAUUUUUUGUAUCUGCAGUUUUAGUUUGCUUUAGGAGACACAGGGUGCAGCUCUGGUGAAAGUCAUGGAACGAGAACGCUAACGCUCAUUCUCCACAGACACUGCCCGACCUGCUGACUGUCUCCAGCAUUUUCUGUGUUUUGUCGGUUCUUGGCAGUGAGUGACCCAGUGUGUUCAGUGUGCAAUGCAUCCAUUCACAGACACGUCAGUGGAGUCCGCCCCUAUGGGAUGCAGUAUAAAUACCCCGUGCUCCCCAGCUCCAGGCAUACAGCAGCGACUGCCUGCCGACAUGAGUGCCCUUUCUCUGCUCGCGUUCGCCUCCUUCCUCCUUGCCGCCUCCGGCCAGCAGCCCACGUUCUCUCGCGGUUUGAACCGGGACGGGCGAUGCACUUACUCCUUCACGGUGCCGAGCCCGGUCGAGACCAGCUGCUCUGAGCCCGGGGAAGUUCUGAAAACCGUGCGGGAGCUGCAGAGGGAGGGGGCUGCCCAGCAGAGGGAGGUGGAGUCAUUGGGACAGCGGCUGAAGGUCCUGGAGCGCUGGGUUGCCGGUCAGGAGGAGAGGGGUAGCCAAGGAGUCCGGAACGAUGUCAGAAGCCUGCAGAUGGAAAAGUUGGACUUGCUGCGGAGGCUGGAACGCGCCGAACAGGAGAACUCCCGGCUCCGGGACGGCCAGUGUCCCGGCUUGCGAGAAACUCCCCAGGACUCUCAUCAAAUCGUCCCUAGGGGGAGACAAGAGUUCUUCAAUUUAUCUUCUCGACAGAGAGCGCAGCCUCGCCAAGAAGCGUCCAGCUGGAACUUUGAAAAUUCCAGGUACCAAGAGCUGAAAUCGGACAUCAUUACAGAGGUUCCUGCUUCCAAACUGGUACAGCAGAGAGAAUCUGGAACCUCACUCACAAAGCAACAACCCCCAGGUUGUGGAAUGUUGGAAUGGGUGGGAGAACCAGUGACAUUCCAGAAGGCUGACUCCAUUGCAGGCAGGUAUGGAGUUUGGAUGAAGGAUCCCGAACCUGUGCCACCUCACAGCAGGGAGCACAUCUGGAGAAUCAACACUGUUGGCACUGAUAUACGGCAGCUCUAUGAAUAUCAAGACCUUGAUCAGUUCACGAAGGGUUAUACCAGCAAAGUUUACUUGUUACCACAACCAGUGGAAAGCACAGGAGGCAUCAUUUACAGAGGAUCCUUGUUCUACCAGAAACGGAGGUCAAGGAGCUUACUGAGAUUUGAAAUGAAAACAGAGACAAUUUUAGUUCAGAAGGACUUGCCUAACGCAGGUUACCGGGGAACUUUUCCAUACUCCUGGGGUGGAUAUACAGACAUUGACUUUGCAGUGGAUGAGCUAGGUCUUUGGGUCACUUAUAGCACCAGUCAGGCUCAUGGAGCCAUUGUGAUCUCCAAACUGGACCCCAACACCCUAGAAGUAGAACAGACAUGGACCACAGCUAUUCGCAAAAGGGCGGUCGCCAAUUCUUUCAUUAUCUGCGGAAUUCUAUACACGCUUAACAGUUAUUCCAUUCAAGAUGCCGUCAUUAAUUUUGCCUACAACACUAACACAAACAGCAGCAAGCCAUUGGCCAUUCCAUUUGAGAACCGCUACCGAUACAACAGCAUGGUUGAUUACAAUCCAGCAGAAAAGAAGAUUCUGGCUUGGGACAAUUUCAACAUGGUUAUGUAUGACAUUAAACUUUCCAAGAUAUGAAGGCUACAAAACAUCUCCCAAGGACAAACAGCUGCAUAAUUUUCUUUUUUUUUUGUAUAUGCAUGUAUAGACCAUGGCUAGUUUUCAAAGCACUGCAGUAAGUUGUACACUUAUUUCAGAACAGAACAUAAUGAAUAGUAAAACAGUUAUUGAAACAAGAAAUACUACAGAUGCUGGAAAUCUGGGUUCCAAAGCAAGGACACAGACCUGAAAUGUUCAGCUUUUUUCCUAAUACGUUGCCAAAUUCAAGAUUGUUCAGCAUUUUUGGUCACAAUAUUAUUAAACCAAAGUUUGAACUGUUGUAAUACCAGUGUAUAUUGAUUCAAACUCCAGAUACAAAUAGUUAAGGUAUUACAUGCAAAAUCUGUUCUCUAAUCUUGACCACAUGCUCACUAUAAAUCAAACAUUUUGUAAAAGCUGAAAUUGAACUGCAUUUGUUAUAUUAAAUAAGUCUCUUCCAGACAUUUUCUAUUGUCAAAAAUUUUAAAUAGGAGGAAAAUAAUGUGGAAGGAAUCUAAAAUUUGCUCAAGUGGAAAUUCAUGGUAGACGUUUUAAAACUGUGGCAUCAAGCUGGAACAUGUUAAACUUAUGCAAAGGUACUUUUAAAAAUGUAUUACAAACUCACACCUACUCUUUCAUCACUAUCAGUCAUUCAAACAGGUAUUUUCAAAGUAAUCAGGAAAAUAGCAGGAAAUUUGUUAAGAGGAAUUAUACAAUUUCACUGGUCUGAACAUCAGCAAAAUAAAAGUUGAUACUGGUAUAAGUCCUUAUAUUAUUUUCUGUGCACCAGCCAAAUAGCCAACAAGAUUAUAACAGACAAAUGAUAAUAUUGGAAAAGUGGUGGAAGGUGACGUGACUAAAUCCAAUCUGGAUUAUUUUAUAAAUUGCCCAAAUGAACAGGGAAAAAUGUUGGAAGAAUCUUAAAAGCAAACCUGAAACAAAUAUUUAAACAACUUGCUCUUGAGGACUUUCUGU